GCCUUUAUCAAACUCUGUUUCUGACUUGUGACUCUUAGGCAUGCAAUGUCUUUUAUAUAUAAUCUGUCUUCUAAGACUAGCCUACUGCAAGAGAGAAGUGUUUAACAUGGCUUCAAAUUACAGCUUGCUUCUGCUUUUCUUGGUCUUUGCUGGUACAUUUCUUGAAACCAAAGGCAAGCUCACUCCAAAAUUCUACUCAUCUAAAUGCCCAAAAGCACUGUCCAUUGUGCAAGAAGAAGUUGUAGCAGCCAUAAAAAACGAAACACGCAUCGGAGCUUCCUUGCUCCGCCUUCAUUUCCAUGAUUGCUUUGUAAAUGGCUGCGAUGCGUCGGUGCUGUUGGACGAUACAUCAAGCUUUGUAGGUGAGAAAACCGCAGCUCCUAACAACAACUCCAUCAGAGGAUUUGAAGUUGUUGAUCACAUCAAAGCCAAGCUUGAGAAGGCAUGCCCCGGAGUGGUGUCAUGUGCUGAUCUUCUAGCUCUGGCUGCACGUGACUCUGUAGUAUAUUUAGGAGGCCCUUCAUGGAAAGUUCGCUUGGGAAGAAGAGAUUCUACAACUGCUAGCAGAAGUGCUGCCAACACCUCCAUCCCUCCACCCACUUCCAAUAUAAGCAGUCUCAUUUCAAACUUUGCAGCACAAAAUCUCUCGUUAAGAGACUUGGUCGCUCUUUCAGGUUCACACACCAUUGGCCUGGCAAGAUGCACAUCAUUCCGGUCACGCAUCUACAAUGAGUCCACCAUCGACGCCGCCUUUGCCAAGUCAUUGCAGGGCAGUUGCCCGUUAAGCGGAAACGAUGACAACCUUGCAAAUCUUGACCUCCAGACCCCAACACAUUUUGAUAACUUGUAUUACAAGAAUUUGCUCAAAGUAAAGGGUCUUCUUCAUUCAGACCAAGAGCUCUUCAAUGGAACUUCUUCUGCAGAUAAACUGGUUAAAAUAUAUGCAAACAACACCUUUGCAUUCUUCAAGCACUUUGCCAAGGCCAUGAUCAAUAUGGGAAACAUCGAGCCUCUCACAGGAAGUCAGGGCGAGAUCAGAACCAAUUGCAGAAAAGUCAAUUAAAAGUUUAUAUCAUAUAAAACAUAAAAGCAUUUUACUAUGUAAUCAUUGAUUAGCAAAAUAUGGAUGAUGCAGACAUGCCAUGUGUAAGAAUAUUUUAUAAAUAUUAUGUGUGGCCCACAUGAAGUG